GUACUCCUGUGAGGUUUUAUUAGCAAAAAAAAAAAAAACUGGGUAGAAAAAGCAUUACAUAACAGACAAGAAGCCGAAACAACAUGUUUGCCCAAGGCUGUUAAGGUAAUAACAAGUCUAAAUUCAUGUCAACACUACAGUCCAACAUUCAUUGUCCAGCUACAGUGAUGAGUACAUGUUAUUAUGAAAUCCACCUUUCAUCACCAGCUGACUGGUUCUUAUCUAUUAUGAUGAUAAUUGUUGAGAGAAUUACAUACAGCUGGUACAUGUCAUUAGGAGGCAAAAAAAAAGAGGUGGGGGUUAGAGACCCGUGGGCUUCUGCCUGUUUUUAAGUGUUGGUAAUAAAAGUAAGUCGCCACCUCCUUGAGACGUUCUGUCCAAUGGGAGCCCAUUGAGCACACUUUUAUGUGUCCCCAGAAAAAUGCUUGAGCAUCCCCUGUGCUGCUUCCCUUCAGUCAGUCCUCAAGAUGCGCAGGUAGGGCUGACUUCAGGGAGGGAAGUUCACGUCUGUAGUCCCCUCUGCUGCUGCAUCUCACCGCUGCAUCUCGUCGUUCUGCCCUUUGCCCCGUCUCUGCUGUCACUGGGGAGGAUUGAAACAUGGCCUUCCACUGCUCUGCAGUCGUCAGAAAACAGCAGCUAUGGAUGUCAGCGUACUCCACUGUCUCCAUGGCUGCCAUGCUGCUGCCCCUCCUCCUAGCUCCGGCUCUUGGACAACUUGAUCUCAACCGACUGGACGGCGAUAGCGUCUGUCCACCAAUCAGAAGCGGACAAGAUGACCUUCCAGGUUUCGACCUCAUCACUCAGUUCCAGCUGGAUGUCAUAUCUCUGAAAGGUGUGAGGAAGGUGGAGGGCUCCACUCCCCUCCAGGUGGCGUACCGCCUCGACAGAGAGGCCAACUUCCAAAUACCAACUAUGCUUAACUUCCCUCGGGGCUUCCCAGAUGAGUAUUCCUUCAUGGUGACUUUCCGCAUGAUCAAGAACACUGUGAACAAGGUGUGGAAUAUCUGGCAAAUCGUGGACGAAGAAGGUCACAAACAGGCCGGUCUGAGGCUGAAUGGAGACCAGCAGGCCCUGGAGUACUUCCUGAUGGGUGCCGAAGGCUAUCUGCAGACCGUCACCUUCCCAGGACUGUCGGUACUUUUCAACACCAAGUGGCACAAGGUAAUGAUCGGCGUGGAAUACGAAAUGGUCACUCUGUACGUGGACUGCCAGCCGGUGGAUCAAAAACCCAUCAAGGGCAAAGGACCUGUCAACACGGAGGGGGACACCCUCAUCGGCCGCCUGGAUUCCGACCCCGACGCCUCUGUUGUGUUUGAGCUCCAGUGGAUGCUGAUUCACUGCGACCCAAAGAGAGCCCAGAGAGAGAGCUGCAACGAGCUGCCUGCCACUGAGAUGUAUGCCAAUGCUGAGCCUGAUAAAACAGUUCAAGGCCCACCAGGAGCUCCAGGCCCUCAGGGCAUUCCAGGGGAUCCAGGUGAAGAUGGCAGGGAUGGCAGAGAUGGUCUUCCAGGGUCUCCUGGCAGUCCAGGCAAUUCUGGCAGCAAAGGGGAGCAAGGGGAGAUCGGGCUUCCCGGACAGAGAGGCCUUCCUGGUCUUCCUGGAAAUCCUGGUCCAGCUGGUCCAAUGGGCCCCAGGGGACCUGUGGGAGAGAGGGGCCUUCCAGGUUUUCCAGGACCUGCAGGUGUUCCUGGACCAGCCAGUGAAGGACCUGCUGGACCACCAGGAAAACCUGGAACCCCUGGAGAUGAAGGAAACAUCGGCCCUGAGGGUCCACCUGGACCGAGAGGGAACCCAGGUACCGGUGGUGUUCCUGGUCCACCUGGUCCACCUGGGCCUGUGGGACCGCCCGGUGCCAGCAAUGAGGGAAGUGGGGACCCUUGUCCUGCUGCCUGUCCUGCUGGACCUCAGGGGAUGGCUGGACUACCGGGGAUGAAGGGUCACAAAGGUGUGGCUGGUGAGCCUGGAAAGGAUGGAAUACCUGGAGCGAAGGGAGAAGCCGGAGCAGCGGGUGCACAGGGACCACCAGGUCGCAUAGGAGAUGACGGCCAAAGAGGGCCAAUAGGACUUCCUGGAAGCUCUGGGGAGAAGGGAGACAGAGGUCUUCCUGGUUUCAAUGGUGUCCCAGGACCAACAGGCCCACCUGGAGCUCCUGGCACAGAGGGAAUCCGUGGACGUCAGGGAUUGCAAGGAGAUAAGGGUGACGAUGGUGCUCUGGGACCAAAGGGUGAGCAAGGAAGUCAAGGGGAAAAAGGAGAUAUUGGGGAACCUGGAAAAGAUGGGAUGAGUGGAAUUCCUGGAGUUGAUGGUGCUAAGGGAGAUCCUGGUACUCCUGGUGCUGUUGGUAUAAGAGGAAUUGUGGGUAUUCCAGGCCUGCCUGGAAAGCAGGGAGUUGUUGGACCCCCUGGUGAGAAGGGUGAAACUGGUGCAGAUGGACCCACGGGGCCUGUUGGACUUCCUGGAAAGACUGGUGAGCCUGGGAAACAUGGAAAAGACGGGAAACAAGGAGAUAAAGGAUCAACGGGUGAAACGGGAAAACAAGGCCCAGUGGGACCUGCAGGUCCUCCAGGAAUCCAGGGUCACACAGGAGAAAAAGGUGAUGCUGGUGAGAGGGGAAUCAAGGGGCAUCCUGGGUACAAAGGAGAUCAGGGACCUAUGGGACCAGAAGGUCAAAAAGGGAGUCCGGGAGACCCAGGUACAGCUGGAGAUUCUGGUGUAAAGGGAGACCAGGGUCCUCCGGGAAUUCCUGGAAUCAAAGGAGAGCGUGGAGAUAAAGGCCUUAGAGGAGCCACUGGUCCUGAUGGUAGACCAGGUCGGCCAGGUCAUGAGGGUUUGUCCGGUCCGAUGGGGGCCCCAGGCCUGGAGGGAGAACAAGGCCUUCCUGGAACACCAGGACCCAGAGGUCUACCUGGCCCGAAAGUGAAUGACGAGAAGUUACGGGAAAUCUGUUCAGCUGUAGUGGAAGAACAACUGACUGAGUUCAGAAAGGAGCUUCUAAGACGACCAGCAGCCCUCGGUGCCCCUGGUAAAGCAGGAGCAGCAGGACCUCCUGGACCUCCAGGACCAGCCGGAGAGGCCGGUGCACCAGGAGCCCAAGGGCUCAUGGGUCCCAAAGGUCCACCGGGCUAUUUCGGACUACCAGGUGCACCUGGAAAAAAAGGUGAUGUCGGGGAAAAGGGAGACAUGGGAGAAAAAGGAGAAGAUGGUGUCGGAAUCAAAGGCAGCCCAGGCGUUCCAGGUGCACCAGGCACACCAGGGGUCCCUGGUAUCGGCAAGGACGGCAAAAAUGGAGAACGUGGUGAAACAGGGAGUCCUGGCGUACCGGGUGCACCUGGCUCACGGGGAUCUGCAGGACCACCUGGCCUUUGCGACCCAUCGACCUGCAUAAGCCGAAUGCCACCUCUCUACAUGGUCAGUGGCAAGAAAUCUGCCGGCUACAAGAACCCGUGAGACAUUUCUGCUCAUCAAUAAAGUCCAGAUUUCAUCAUGAUGUGGUUAAGGGCUCUGCAGGACUCAUCCUAUGGUGAUUGUGAGGAGACCCCCAUGACCCCUACCCAAACCAAUGAUGUUUGAGACUGAAACAUUAACACAGAGACAAAAAACCCAACUGUAAGAUACUGUAUAGAACCUCUUUGAACUUACGUAUGUGAUUAUAGAGAAAGUGAAUGCAAUGGAGCAUAGUAAAGGACAUCUGCUACACAUGGCAACACGACGUGUUCCUGCAGAACAUUCACUGACCCUUGGUGCUUCAAAGCAACACUAGGAGUUGAAUUUGGAAAAAUGGAAAAAAAAAAAUCAUUUUCAUACAUACCAUUUAACUAGAUAAUGCAAAAGAUUUUAUUUUGUAACUCAGUGUUGCAGCUUUUUUUGUUUAUUCUAAAUAUAGUAAAAACCCAUUUCGAAAUUUCCAAAAGAUAAAGUAUAAUGUGGAGAAAAAAAAGUGACGGUUUCUCAUUAUAUGUGCAAGAAUUGUUUGGAUCAAAAAUUCAUGUUUGAAAUUUAAAAAAAUUGGAACAUUGUAAUAAAAUAUGGUUUGGAAAAUAGAA